AUGGCAGAAUCUCAUUUAAUCGAAAUCCAGCCGCAGCAAACGCUAUUUUCCGCAAUGCAGCAACACCCGCUCACCGAGAUCUCCGCUAGCCCUGGACAUCUGCUUCUCCUCAAGCUCUGGCAACGCGAGGAAGAGCUUCUCACCAACCGCAUUGGAGCCAAAGAAACCAAACUUGACGCCAUUAAAAGGGAGGCUUUCAAGCUCUGUUCUUUCUUCUUCUUCUUCCAUGGAAUCUUCCUCACUCUUCUCUUUACCUCUUCCUUAGGCCAAACAGAGAGGCAGGCGUGCCGCGGCUGGUGGGUGCCUGGCUUCAUCUCCCUUGUGACUUCUCUUGUUCUCAUCUUUUCGGUGCAGUUGAGGAUCUGUAGCUAUUGGAGGAUUUAUGAAAAGUUGCAGAGGGAGAGAGGAGAGGGGAGAGCUUUGUCUCGGUGUGUCCAGGAGUUGAGGAUGAAAGGGGCAAGCUAUGAUCUUUCUAAGGAGCCGCAGGUGUCGAAAAGGAUGAAGAGUUCGAGUGUUAAGGUGAACUGGAGACCAAUGAAGUGGUUGUCCAGAAAUGCGGUUACCAUUUGUCUCUUGUGCUUUUCGGGGCUGGUUUUUCCUGCCUGUAAAUUUAUUCUGUGUGGGUGA